CGGGUCUUCUUCUCAAUGCGCCUCCACCACCGGCGAUGAAGCUUUUUCCCGUUCACCUGUUUAGCCCUCUCCACCUUUCGUGGCCUUCCUUUUCCUGGCGGCGACGACUGGGCGAGCAGCAGCGCGCUACGCCCGUCUUCGCUGGGCCCUUCGCCGUUGACGAGCAGAGCACCCACCAGGGUAAUUUUGGACAUGGCGUUCCUGCAGAAGGUUGGCAAUCUUGUCAAGCGGUCCACGGGUGCCAGCUCGUCGCUCUACCAGGCGGUUCGAUGCAUGUCCUCCUCCAAGCUCUUCAUAGGAGGAAUCUCGUAUGGCACAGAUGAGCACAGCCUCAGGGAUGCUUUUGCAAGCUAUGGCCAAGUCAUUGAAGCUAGGAUAAUAAUGGACCGGGAAACCGGAAGAUCGAGGGGGUUUGGUUUUGUGACAUACACAUCUACGGAGGAGGCAGCUGCUGCCAUUACUGGCAUGGAUGGGAAGGAUUUGCAGGGUCGGAUAGUGAAGGUGACUUAUGCUCAUGACCGUGGUAGCCGUCUUGGUGGAGGUGGCGGUGGUGGAUAUGGUGGAGGCGGCUAUGGCGGCGGUGGAGGAUACAGUGGUGGUGGAUAUGGAAGAGGUGGUGGUGGGUAUGGUGGAGGUUCAUAUGGUGGUAGUGGAGGCUACGGUGGUGGCGGAUAUAACAACGAUGGUACGGCUGGCUCAGGGUACAACACUGGUGGAAGCUAUGGUGUUUCUCAAGGUGGGCAAGGUGGUUAUGGUGUUGAUGCUGGUUACACUGGUGGCACUGGUGGAUAUAAUGCUACUCCUAGCAAUUACAGUGGCGAUAGCUUCAAUCAAGGGGGUGGCACAACUAGUGCAUAUGAAGGUGGGAACUAUGGGCAAAGCAGUGACACCUUUGCAGACAACGCCUCCAACAAUGCGGCUGUUGGCAAACUGGAUGACUUGUUAAGUGAUCUCAAAGUUGACGGUGCUGGCGAGGCUGAGGGAGAGGUCGAGGCUGAGGACAUGAAAGCGGAAGGCCAAGAUGACUUCAGCCAGGAUGAUUUGAAGGACGAAGAUGAGCCUGACAAGGCCAACAAAAGUAGUUAAACUCGGCCCCACGCAUGAGGCGAGAGUUAACUGGCUAUGGGCCGCUCUCCAGGUAAAUAAAUCCAGUGCAGAGACUAUCUCCUCCAUGCAACUGAAGUCUAGAGUUCCGUGUCACAGCUACGUUCCACUUGUUGCUUGCUUGCGGUGUUUAUGCUGGACUACUGGACUAUGCUGGACUUUUUUGAUGUGUCAUGGACGCUUGCACUUGCUUCCGGAUGUAUGGACAUUGCACUUGUUUCCGGAUGUAUGGACAUUGCGCUUGUGCAGUUGUGUUGUGGAUGCAAUAUAUGAAUUUCCAGAA